CCUGCGGUUUCAGUUGUCAUUUUACUACAGUCGCUGUUAGUUAUUUGUGUGCGUCGUCGUCGUCGCCGUCGCUGACGUUGCAUUCUAACGCAUAAGAAAUGAACGCCACGUUUUUCCUAUAAUCAUAGAAAGAGAGAGAGAGAGAGAGGGCCAGUGCAAGCGAGAGAGUGAGAGUAAGAGAGAAAGAGAGAGAGGGAGAGAGUGAACGAACUGUUUUUCUCCAACAUUUGUGCAAAUAAAAUUUGUUGUUUGUUUGUAGUUUACAACAAAUUCUUUAUCGUGUGUGUGUGUCGCUGCCUGCUGCAUAAGCAAACAGGCAGCGUAAGCUGUCACCGACAUGGGCAGUGAGCAAUACUGCUUGAGGUGGAACAAUCAUCAAUCCAACCUGUUAGGGGUGUUUAGUCAAUUAUUACAGGACGGGAGCCUGGUGGACGUUACAUUAGCUUGUUCAGGGGGCCCAUCCAUCAGAGCCCAUAAGGUGGUGCUGUCGGCCUGCUCCUCGUAUUUCCAGAGCCUGUUUCUGCAGCACUCCGAUCCACAUCCAAUUGUGAUACUGAAGGACGUCCGUUUUGCCGAGCUGCAAACUCUAGUUGAAUUCAUGUACAAGGGCGAGGUGAACGUGCAAUAUUGUCAGUUGCCAGCGCUGCUCAAGACAGCCGAAUCACUCAAGGUUAAGGGCCUAGCCGAGAUGACAAAUCAGAAUACGACGCUGCGGGAGCCCGAGCGGGAGCCGGAUCGCUUGCGUCCCCAUUCGCAGGCCAGCGGCGCCAGCAAGGCGGCCGACAGUCCACUGGACGCAGCAGCAGCAGCAGCGGCGGAUAAUAUAGCGACAACAGCUGCUGGCAGCAGUAAAACAGCCGCAACAGAAACGACAACAGCAGCGACAACAACAGCAACAAGCACAGCAACAGCAACAACAACAACAGCAGCAGCAACAACGUCAGCGUCAGCUGCAGCUGAGGCGUCAGCAGCGACGUCCGCGGCGUCGAAACGUGAAGCCAGCGAACGCUGCAGUCCRACGCCGCCGCCGCCCAAGCGGCCAGCGAGCAGCAGCACGACAGCCAUUGAGCUGCUGGAGAAUGAGGACGAGGAUGACGAUGAUGAGGCGGAGGAGCUGCUGGAGGAGGAGGACGAUGAGCUGCUGGAGGAGCUGGAGGAGGAGGAGGAGGAUGCAUCAAUGCCGCUAGAUCUCUAUCAAAGACCCGCCGCCGUCGUUGUCACAGCUGCGUCCGCUGAGCCACAUGCCGUGCCGCCAGAGAGCUCAACGAGCAGCAGCCACAACAACAACAACACCAACAACAACAACAGCAGCAGCAACAACCAAAUGAAAGCCACAAGCUCCUCCUCGAGGGUCGCCUCGCCCAGCGGCAGCAACGGCAACGAUUGCCGUGGCAGCGGCACGCCGGAGCCGAGCAGCCGUGUCGUGGCCGUCGACAUCGAUGACGACGAUGAGGACGAGCUGGACGAUCACGACAUGACCGAUGUGGAUGACCAUGUCAUCGUUGUCCAUCGGACGGCAGCAGCAGCCGCGGCAGCCGCAGCGCGCGACAUUGCGCAACGAAUCGCGCAUCAGAGCGCGCGGCGGGCACAGAACGCGAACGAUGAGGAUGACGACGAUGAUUAUGAUGAUGAGGACGAUGAUCGGCAGGAGCCAGCCUCGUCGACGGCAGCCUCGGCCGCAGCAGCAGCAGCAGCCGCCGCAGCAGCCGCAGCGGCCGCCGUAGCAGCGCAUGAAUCGCAGCUGCACUCGCCCAGCGCUGACGGCGAACUGCAGCCGAAGAAGGAGGUGAUCGACGACGACUACGACGACGAGAUGGAUCUGGAUGACGACGACGAGGCGGACAACAGCAGCAACGAGAUGGGCCUCAACAUGAAGAUGAGCAGCGGCGGUGUCGAUCUCUCUACGGGCUCAACCGUUAUACCAUCACCGCUAAUCUCGAUGCCCUCGUCGUCGUCCGCUGCCGCAGCGGCCGCAGCCGCAGCAGCAGCCGCCGCUGCCAUAGAAUCAGCUCGCUCCACACCUGGCGGCGGUGGCGGUGCCGGUGGCAAUGCCGUCGCCUCCGAUCUGAGUCUGUCAAUGUCGCAAUCCGGACGCCCCUCGUCGCGUUCAUCGCGCGACGGCAGCAGCGCCGCUGCGGAUGGACGCUCCAGCAGCCUAUUGAAUCCCGGCAACGUGUCCGGUCUCUUGCCAGUGCAAUCGGUGCCAUUGAGCCUCAAGAAAGAGAUCGAUUGCAGUGAGGAUGAUAACAGCAGUCACAGUAGACACAUGCAACCGCGUUCGGCAUCAGCUGGCGGCGGACUGGGCGGCGAUUUGGAUUAUCGCGCCUCGCACGAAUCGCUGCUGCGCAACUUUGGCUCCCCGAUGAGCGCGAUGGCCGCCAGUCGCUGUCCGACGCCGUUUGCGUUUCCCUUUUCGCCGCUCGGGCUGAGCCUGUUCGACAUUGAUCCGUCCAGAAUACUGAACCUGCUGCACCAUCAGACCUGGCUGGCCGAGGAGGCGUUGCGCACUCGCGGCCUGCUCAGCGCGCCAAAGGACUUUCCCCACCGUUUUACCACGUUAAGCGAUCUGCUUACCAAGGACUAUCAGCCAACUGCGGCCAGUUACGCGGCCAAGCAGACGCAGUCCACAACGAGCCGUUCCAGCGAUCCACAGUACAAACAACAACAACAGCAACAGCAGCAACAAGCCACACAACAACAACAACAGCAACAACAACAACAACAACAGCAACAGCAACCGUCUCAGCAACAGCAACAGCAGCAAUCACAGCCAACGCCGCCGCCGCCUCAUGUCGCCUUCAAUAUGCGCUAUGCCACGCCCACUGGCUAUUUUCAGCCCUCGAAGGGCGGUAAAUCGGCGGGCACGCCCUCGCCCAAGCAGAUGGCCACCUCAUCGACGGCCAUCUCAGUGGAAUCGCAGCUGGAGGCCCAGUCGGAGGGCAACGAUGACGUCACCAUUGUCGAGCUGGGCAGCGAGCGCAGCGUCGUGACGCCCAACAGCAGCGCACUGCUAUACAAGGAGUCCCUGGAGCAGCUGCUGGCCCAGCAGCACCAACACCAACACCAGCAACAGCAGCACCGACGUCGCACCGCUAACAGCAGCACGCCCAGCACUGGGGUAGUUGGAGCUGGAAGUGGAGCUGGCGUCAUUGUGGACGCCACCGGGCUGCGCCAAUACACGCAGCUGCUGCUGUCGGGGGCGGGCACGCCCGUCAGCUGCACGGACACCUCGAGCAGCUGCAAGGAGAAGAGCUCCUCGUCGUCUACCUCAUCGACGCCGCCGCCGAGCGGCGCACUGCUCGCCCAGCACCAGCAGCUGAGCCAGAUGCUGAAGAGUCCGUCGGACACGUGCUCCUCGCUGUUCAGCGAGCCCAUCGAGGAGGAGACGCGCUGCGUCGUCUGCAACGCGCACUUCCCGAACGUCUGGCUGCUGGAGCAGCAUGCGGCACUGCAGCAUCCGCACAUUGGGCCGGGCGAGGAGAAGCCCUUCAUAUGCGAGCAGUGCGGGCAGUCGUAUCGCUAUCGCAGCGCCUAUGCCAAGCACAAGGAGCAGAAUCAUCGCGCCCGCCUGCCCGCGGACAAGCUCUUCACCUGCGACGUCUGCGGGAUGCAGUUCCGCUAUCUGAAGAGCUUCAAGAAGCAUCGGCUCAACCAUGCGCUCGAGCGUCUGCACGGCAAGAAGUCCAUCGGUGUGGGUGUUGGUGUCGGUGUGGGCGUGGGCGUGGCACGCAUGAUUAGCGGCACAGCAGCAGCGGCAGCAGCCGCAGCCGCAGCAGCAGCCACAUCGGCCCAGCUGGACCAGGAUGUGGUCACCAGCUCGCAGGAGCCGAUGCUGGCCGACGAAGGCGAGGAUCUGCGCAUCAAUGUGAAGCGCGAGGGCGACGAUCCCGGCCAUCAGCAAGAGGCCACCAGCGAGGAGCACGAGCAGGACAACACCAUCGAUUCGGCGGGCAUUACGAUGCUCUACAAUGACAACAACUCAUCGGCUUCGGCCUCCACGAGCGCCACGGAGCCGAACAUCAGCAGCUCGGACGGCAUACAUAGUACAAACAAGCGGUCACGCCUGUUGAACAGCGCACACCACUUGGAAACGGAUCCCUCCUAUCAUCAUCAGCAACACCAUCAUCACCAUCAACAGCAACAGCAACAGCAACAACAACAGCAACAACACCAUCAUCAUCAACAGCAGCAGCAGCAGUCGCAGUCGCAGUCGCAGUCGCAAUCUCAGCAACUGCCUCCGCAUCUGGCGCACGUCUCACUGCCAAUGGCCAGCGCUGCGGCUGGCUCCUCCUCGGCAGCAGCAGCUGCGGCGGCCGCUGCAGCUGGCUGCAAUUCCAGUCCAGGAGCUGGCGCAGCUGGCACUGCCAACAGCGGCGUGGGCGGCAGCGGCAUUAGCUCGCUCAGCUCGCUGACUUCGCUGAUCAAUGCGGAGCGCAUACCAAAUGAGCAGUUCCUGGGCCUCAAUCCGCAGGAGGCUUCAAUACUCAACUUCUUGCGAGUCGAUGCGGCCGAGCGACAGCGCGACAAGCGGCCCACCACGUCGCGUUUCGCCUGCCCGUUCUGUGGCAAGUGCGUCCGCUCCAAGGAGAACCUGAAGCUGCACGUGCGCAAGCACACCGGCGAACGUCCGUUCGUCUGCCUGUUCUGCGGACGCGCGUUCGGCGGCAAAUCGGAUCUGACGCGCCAUCUGCGCAUCCACACCGGCGAGCGGCCGUACCACUGCGAGUCGUGUGGCAAGUGCUUCGCCCGGGCCGACUAUCUGUCCAAGCAUUUGACCACGCACAUUCACAAUGCGCCGCGCUGAGAUGAGGCGCGUAGGAGGCGGCUCCUACGCAGAUAAGCCAACGAACCAUACACACUCACACUCACACUACACCAGACAACACAGAAUACACUUAAAGAAAAGAGCGGAGAAAA